AUGAACGCUGGCCGAAAACUUUCACCCAAAGGACGAACUGAGUUACUGGGCGGCGAGGGAGACCUGACGCGCACUGACGCGCACCUGCAGGGCUAUGAGUGGGUCUUUCGUGAUCAGCAGUGGCUUGUUUGGCCUGGAUCGCGAGUGGAGGCCGGUGCAAAUGCGCCACAGCAACGCCAUCCUCUGGUCAAGUCAGGGAGCUCAGAGGUCGAAGAGGUCGAAGAGGUCGAGGGUUGGUCCGAGCCCAGCAGCAUCCUGGUGCAGCUCCGGCAGCCGCAAGUGGCAGGGGAGCUGUUCCUGGAGGAGGCCUCGGAGUCCUCGGUGUCCCUACGCUGGCCGCGCUGCGCCUCCGGUGAGCCGCACCUGGCCUCGCUGGACUACUGGAUCCUUUGUGCGGAAGGGGACAGCUCCUCGCACCUGGACUGGCAGACCGUGGGGCUGCUGCACGAUCAGGGCGAGGACGGCGGGCAACACCUGCACUAUGCUGUCCGCUUCCUGCGGCCGGAGCUCUGCUACGUCUUUGCGGUGGAGUGCCGCUACGGGGCACUGCCGCCAGCGCUGGCGGCUGCCAGCGCCGCGCGGCUCGAAGCCGCCGCGCUGCCGAGCCGCCUGCCGAGCCGGCCCCCGCCGAGCGCCCGAACGAAUCGCCUCGCCUUUGGAGGCCCUACACCAGAGGCCCCCUACGAGGCCCGCGGCGAGGCCUGUGGUGAAGUUCCUGCCAUUCCCGAUCCGAGCAACCUGCAGCCCGGCUUUGCCCCCAUGCAGGCAGAGCCUUUGACACUCAGCCAGGGGAAGGAGCUCUGGCACGCGGAUAUCGGAGGCACGCGUGCUCUUGCUCGGUAA